AUCGCCCGAACUUGUCGUUUCGCUUUUGCAUAUUCGUCGAUAAUAGUUUAUCUAUUAUCAAUUGAUUUGACAUCUGUCAAGUGAAUUGUUGAGGAUAAGGCAAUGCGGUUGACGGUAUUGCGCUGUGUAGAUGGAUUAAAUAUCAGAAAGGAAUUUGAUAAUUCCUCAUGUGUAUCAACUGUUGCGUAUAAGGUGUUUAUUGUGAUUCUGGGAAUGGAGCUACAAAAAAUAGAUUGUGGAUUUGUAAAUGGAAGAGGCCAUAUUUUCAAGAAGCAGGCUGAGAGUGAGAAGCAAGGAUAAAAGGACACUCUAGCCUGCAGGGUAUUUAUUUGAGGAAGCUGGAUUUCAUUUUUCUAUAAGGUAACUGCAGAAACAUGUGGCAGAUCUUAAUGCUGUGGAAUGCAGAGCUCACGUCUGUCAUCUGGCCAUUUAUAUUGGCUUUGCUGAUGUUUUUAGUGACUGUUGCUUAUUUCAAGUACUUAAAUCGUGAUACUCAUGUACAAAUUCAUGAUGCUUCUAAAAAGCACUAUUGGUCUUUUAAUCACCCACUUACUAAGUCUGGUUACUGCAGCAUUUGUGAAUCUCUCUUGUUGACCAAUCGCACUGCUGUUUGUGACUCAUGUGGAGUUUGUGCUAAUGUUGAAUGCGUGAAUCAAGCUAACAGAAAACUUAAAUGCAAAGCCAUUUCUCUGAAAGAAAAGGGACCAAUAAAACACCAUUGGGUGAAAGGAAACCUGCCAGCUGGUGCUGUGUGUGAUGUUUGUGAUGAUGAAUGUGGAUGUGGUCCAGGGCUUGUUGACUGGCAGUGCUGCUGGUGCCAACGAGCAGUACACACAGCAUGCAAACCACAGCUUGGACAGAUGUGUGAUUAUGGGCAGUUCAAAAACCUUGUCAUUCCACCCACUUCUGUGGUGCUGACUACUCGACAACACAAGCUGAGCCGAAAACUUUGCUUGCAAUCUGUUACUAAACCUGAGUGGAAUGACUGGACACCUCUGAUUGUUCUAGCUAAUCAGAAGUCUGGAAACAAAGAUGGUGGAAUGGUCCUGGCUUUGUUUCGUCACCUGUUAAACCCAGCACAGGUUAUUGACUUGGCUGAACAUUCACCAGAGGCAGCACUUGAGUGGUGUUGCUUCUUGAAUGAGAAGGGAAUUUCAACACGUUUGCUUGUUGCUGGUGGAGAUGGAACAAUAGGCUGGGUGCUGAAUGCUGUUGAAAAGAAGAACUUGAUAUGUGCUCCAGCACUAGCAAUAGUACCUCUUGGAACUGGAAAUGACCUCUCCCGAGUUCUAGGAUGGGGAAAGGAGCAGCCUAGUCCCUUGGAUCCAUCAGCUGUGCUUGAUGAAGUGCAGAAAGCUGAAAUUGCAAAGCUUGACAGGUGGAAAGUUGAAAUCAAGCCAGUUCGCCAUCUUGGGAUUAGACUACCAAUACGUCACAUCUUUAUGUACAACUACUUGAGCAUUGGAGUUGAUGCACAAAUAGCUCUUGACUUCCAUCGAACACGUGAAUCUCCAUAUUACUUGUUUGCCAGCAGAAUUUUCAAUAAGAUGUUAUAUCUUGGGUUUGGCACUCAACAAGCUGUAGGCAGAGACUGCCAUGAUCUGAAUAAGCGUGUAGAGCUGUAUUUGGAUGGUGUAAAAGCUGAUCUCCCAUCCAUAGAAUCUAUUGUUGUGAUGAACAUACCAUCAUGGGGUGCCGGUGUACAGCUGUGGACCAUGGGCACAGCAGAUGAAACAGUGCCUUCUCAGAACAUCAGUGAUGGUAAAUUGGAAGUCGUAGGAAUUUAUUCAUCUUUCCACAUUGCACAGCUACAAGUGGGCCUGUCUCAGCCAUAUAGAUUUGGCCAAGCAUCACAAGUUAAGAUAACUUUGAAAUCACCUGCACCUAUCCAGGUAGAUGGUGAGCCAUGGUUGCAGAAAACUUCAGAAAUAAACAUACAUUUUCAUAAUCAGGCCACUGUUCUUAAAUUGAAGGAAACGGUUGAUUAAGUAUUAUUUCAGGACCAUUGAUUGUGUUCUGUUGUUAUGCUAUAUGUUCCAAAAUAUUUUGUUUAAUUUUAUGUGGUUUUAAUAAUUUAAUUUUUACAACAUUUAUUUUUUAUUGGUUACAAAGAAGUUUCAGAACUGCUUUGCUUUUAUUGUUACACAUUGCUUUUAUAUUUGAUAUGUUUAUAUUUUGUAUUCAUCUUAAAUGCCUGUAACAACAAAAUAAUAAUACUAAGAUGUGCCUUGCCAUAAUUAUCUGCUGUAGCAUUGCUUGUACAAGUUUUAUAGUUAUGCAAAUGAGAAUCCAUGUAAAUGUUUAACUAGUAAGCUGCAAGAUAUUCAGGGAUUUACAACAAAUCAUCUGCCAGUACCAACACUUAACUGGUAAGGGCGAUUCUUUAACAGAUAUAUGAUUAUUAUGAAUUCCACUUAUGAAGAAAAUAAAACCUUUACAGUCAUACAUAAA